AGACAAUAUAUUCAUAAUAAUUAUUAUAAAAUUUGUUGCUAAGUCAGUAAUUCAUGCUAAGUAGUGAUGAAUAUGAUCUCAUAUUUUUGAUAAAGUAAGGUUAGAAAAUGGAGUAGCAUGGAACUGAAGUAGUGGCAAUGAGCAAAAAAGUUGUAAGUUCAAGAGACUGGAGUAUCCUCGACUGGAGUCAUAAGAUUUGUGGUAGUGUGAGUUGAGCCUAACUUCAUAACCUGAAUCUCACACUAGCUUUCAAAAGACAUUACACAUUUCUUAUGUUCACAGGUCAAAAUUGAGAAAGAGGAAUGUGAAACUAAUCACAUAGAAGAAGAGCCACAACCAACCUCCAAUCAGGUAAAGAUUGAGAGAGGAAUAUGUGAAACCAAUCACAUCAAAGAAGAGCCACAGCCAAACUCCAAUCAGAUGGAAUCAGUUUCUGUUAAAAUGGAGGAGGAGGAGGAGGAUGAUAGCAGCCAGCAACCAGCUGCAUGGUCUCCAGUGGAAGAUAAUUCCGACCAGCAACAUCUAAUCCCUGGCUACAAUUUAAUCUUCAUAAAAGAGGAGUCAUAUGAUGAGCAGGAUGCUGAAGUGAAUUCAGUGAAGAGCGAACCAGAGAUGUGGCCUACAAACUGCAGCACAUCUGGCCGAGACUAUGCAACAGAAGUGGGUGGACUGAAUGAGCAUUCAAUCUCUCCAGUGGAAAAGAGCACUGAGUCAUCAGUGGCUGGCAAAAAGACCAAGCUCUACAGCUGUGCUCACUGUAACUAUGAAACACCAAGGUUUGGUGAUUUGAAGAUACACAUUCGGAAACACACUGGGGAAAAACCUUUCAGCUGCAAAUUUUGUGAAUAUAAAUGCGCCCAGUUAGGUGCUUUGAAAGCACAUAUCAGAACACAUACAGGAGAAACACCUUUCAGCUGCGAAUUUUGUGAUUUCAAAACUGCUCAUUUAAGUACUUUGAAAAAACAUAUCAGAACACAUACAGGAGAAACACCUUUCAGCUGCGAAUUUUGUGAUUUCAAAACUGCUCGUUCAAGUACUUUGAAAACUCAUAUCAGAACACAUACAGGAGAAACACCCUUCAGCUGCGAAUUCUGUGAAUAUAAAUGUGCCCAGUCAGGUUCUUUGAGAGUACAUAUCAGAACACAUACAGGAGAAACUCCCUUCAACUGCGAUCUCUGUGACUACAAAUGUGCCUACAUAAGUAAUUUGAAAAGACAUAUUAGAACACAUACAGGAGAAACACCUUUCAGCUGCGAAUUUUGUGAUUUCAAAUCUGCUCAUUCAAGUAUUUUGAAAGCACAUAUCAGAACACAUACAGGAGAAACACCUUUCAGCUGCGAAUUUUGUGAUUUCAAAACUGCUUAUUCAAGUACUUUGAAAACUCAUAUCAGAACACAUACAGAAGAAACUCCCUUCAACUGCGAUUUUUGUGACUAUAAAUGUGCCCAUUUAGGUAAUUUGAAAAUACAUAUCAGAACACAUACAGGAGAAACUCCCUUCAACUGCGAUUUUUGUGACUAUAAAUGUGCCCAUUUAGGUAAUUUGAAAAUACAUAUCAGAACACAUACAGGAGAAACUCCCUUCAACUGCGAUUUUUGUGACUAUAAAUGUGCCCAUUUAGGUAAUUUGAAAAUACAUAUCAGAACACAUACAGGAGAAACUCCCUUCAACUGCGAUCUCUGUGACUACAAAUGUGCCCAGUUAAGUUCUUUGAAAAGACAUAUUAGAACACAUACAGGAGAAACAACUUCUAGCUAAGCAUUGUGUGAACACAUGCACGCAUUCUCAUUGCUUUCUUGUUCCAUUUCAUCUUCAUUUUCUAUUCGUCAUAUUCGUUUCCUAUAGUCUGCUUAUUCUAUUUUUGUGAAUGUUACAUUUAAUUCCAUAGUAAAAAACAUUUCCUGAAAAUGUAUCACACUAGACUGCAGAGUUAUAAAGUCAGUCCCUGAUUAUUGUUGGUUUCUAUCCUUGUCUAUCAUUAGACAAAGCAGAAAGCUCCAUCCUUCUCUAGACUUUUUCCAUUCUCAAAUUGUUUGUAUACUAUGAAUGAAUAUAAUGAUUACUAGAAUAUUUUAUCCCAUUCAUCACUAAAUCAUGGAAAAAUAUCUCUACAUUUGGCAAAUAGAUUAUCAAAACAGCUUAUUAUACAGCAACAUAUUUCAGGGCUUCUUCUUCUUCUUCUUCUUGUGUGUUCAACAAGGUACCUUCAUAAUUUUCUUCGAAGCUGCAGCUUAAAUCUUUGACAUCAUCGUAUCUAGUUUCUUCUUCUGCUUCUUGGGAAGGAAUUUUUAGAAGCAUUGUACUAGUCAGAAAAUUUGACUCGUCUUCUUCUACAUUGCUUCCAGUGGAAAUAGAGGGAAGAUUUACUCCAAUAAUCAAAAUGUUUUAUCUAUUUUUGAAUUCCACUGGUGUUGGAUGAGAGUAUUGGUUUCCAAUCCCUCUUAUUCUUGAGAAGAAAUUCUCCAACACAUCUAGAUUCAGCUUAUGGGUAAGGAUGAAUUCUAAACCAUAUGAGAUAUGACUUCUGUAGAUCAUUGAAAAGUCCCUUCAUAGAUGAUAUUGUCAUCAAUAUCCCUUUUUGGAAUGACAUUAAUGAUUUUUUACUUCCCAUCCUUAUUUCAAAAAUCAAUCGUUCAUUCGAUUUAAUAUGCAUUCUUUCUCAGUCAACUCAACACCAUAUGCACUAUGCCACGGUUUUCUUCGAUCAUUCACAAAUCUAGAGUUCAUCUCAUCAAAAAACUUAUCAACCAAUUCAAAAAAAUCACUCCAUUCAGGAUUAUCUGGAUGUUUCAAUUUGAGGAGAGUUGCUGAAUGGUGUGAGAAUAAUUUAACAGCCAAGCUGACCGACCUUCUGUCUCAUAUUUCCACCAACUUCCAAAUGUAAAUUCGUCAAUUUUGGAGCUAGCUUCAGUUCAUGUCCUUCUAUGAUGCGCUUGAUAUUCUCUUUCUCCAACACUUGACCUUUGGGAAAAUUUAUUCCAUGAUCAAGGAAGUUGUUCCUGAGCAAUUUCAAAAGAUGUGGAACAUCAUUAAAUACCCAAAUAUGAUUAGAGGUGAUUGAAGAAUGAUUUUGCAAUUGCCCCAUUUAAUGAAUUCUAUAGUCUUUGGUUCCCUCCGCCCAUGUGUCUCAAAAACUUUGAAGUCCGAUUUUUGCAGUUCAGAAAUAACUUCAAAAAGAAUAUCUUUUGUCAUUUUUUGAUCAAAUGCAUAAUAUAAUAUUUGCUUCCAUUUCCUACAUAGACUCCUAGCCAUCACAACCUGAACUUAUGAGUGUGGUCCAAGAAUUUGGUCUUCUCUUUGGUCAUACACUACACGUGAAUCUAUACUCAUCUCAUCAAAGCUCAAGAUAGUCAAUUUCUCGAUUGUCUCCAUAGCUUUCGAUUUUGCUGUCAUGAAUGUGAGAACUUCUUUUUGAAGUCUUGGAAGACAUUUAAUAUUCCUUGUCCACUUUGAUAGAGUUGACAAUCCUGGUAAUGGUAAGUUCAUUUUCAAUCUUAGAAAGUUGUAUGCUCUCCUAGAUAAAGAACAAAGUGUUAAUGCUGAAACAAUAUCACUUUUAUUCCAUUUCAGUCUUUUAUUGCUCAGUAGCCUUGCAAUUUGACCUUUGGUGAACACUUUUUUCAACACUUUUCUGGCAUAACUUUCAUUGUCCUUUGAAUAUCUUGAAUACGUUCGUUUGAUUUGAAAAAUUUGUUGCUGCAAACUAACAAUCUUCUUUUUCCUCGUAGCUGAGAGUUUUCUUACUUUGCUCACCUCCUGUUCUAGAUUAUUAACUCUAAUCUGAAGCAACUGUAGCUGUCUUUGCAGUUCAUUUUUGUUGUAAAGUGGAAUUGAAAUAAAUACGAUGUUUGCAAACUCA